AUGGGCCGUCUGUUCAACGCGUUGAAGGACGUCUUUGGCGGCAAGGAAGACGAAGAUUCGGGCGACGAAACGACGGAUGUGGAUGCCCAAAACUUGAGCCAUGUGGGAGCUGCCGCCUACGAGUGUUUGCGAACCGUCCAUGAAGAUGUUCAUCACGUGACAUGGGAUGUGACAUCCGGCAAGGUCGUCGGUGAGUUGGAUCAGACGCCCAAGGGUUGUUUUGAUCUGGAAGACGAUCCGCCCGAAGGACACUCCGAUUGGUUGCCCGAGAAGAUGGCGGGUAUUAUGGAACGAACGGAACAAUGGUGUGAUGUCAUGAGUCUGGGUCCGCCCGAUGGAAAGUUCUUGGAAUGCAUGAAACAAGCACUCGUCAAGGUCAAUGCGCGAGCGUCCGGCGAUAAGCCCGUUGUCUUUCGAUUUCUGUUUGGCAAUAUUCCUGGAAUGCCGGUCAACUGCGGCAAAGUCCUCAAGUCGUUGACUGCCGAUUUGCCGGAUGAUCCUUCUAUUUUGCUCUGGGUCGGUGCUUGGAGGAACGGUGUCUCGUGGAAUCACGCCAAGAUUAUUGCCGUGGAUGGCCGCUACUUGCACACGGGAGGACACAACCUCUGGGAUCCUCACUACCUCAAGAACUGUCCGGUACACGAUUUGAGUUUCGAAUUGGAAGGCAAGGUGGCCCAUGCCGCUCAUCUGUUUGCCAAUGAUCAUUGGAAGUACAUUGAAGCCAAACAAAGGCACUUUAUUGGAAAAAUUGUCGAUCUCAUGCCGGACAGUCUUCCCAUGGUACUCAAAGCCCGCGUCACCGUGUCCGAAUACCCCGAUGACGAAGCGGGAGAAUUCCCGCCCAAGUACAAGAAACGUCUCGUGCCCAGAUACACCAGACUCCCCGACAGUGUCCCCUUGAUUAGUGUGGGAAGGAGAGGACAAUUGCACACCAAAGACAAUUCGUCCGAUGAUGCCUUUGUCGCCAUGAUUGAAUCCGCCAAUACCAUUUUGCGAUUGGGAUUGCAAGAUCUCGGACCCGUUUGUAUUCCCAAAACCAAAUUGGCAUUGCCGGGAUGUACGUGGCCACACACGUAUUUGGAAUCCUUGGCCAAGGUCAUUUGGGAAAAGGGUGUCGAUGUCGAAAUUGUACUCAGCAAUCCGGGAAGUAUCCCCGGUGGACUCUCCAUGAAGGAUGCCAAUUACGGCAAUGGAUGGUCUUGUGUCGAUGUGGCGGCCGAAAUUAUCAAGAAAAUCAAAAAGUUAUACCCGGAUGCGGACGAUGACCAAUUGCGUCAAAAGGUGGCCGACAAUCUACGCGUGUGCUUUAUCCGUACCGCCACGGGCAAUCAAUGGUCCGACGGCAAUUCCAAGGGAAUGCAUGCCAAACACUUUAUCGUCGACGAUGUGUGUUGCUACAUUGGAUCGCAAAAUUUGUACGUCUGUGACUUGUCCGAGUGGGGUGUCAUUGUCGAUGACGUCGAAACAACGCAACGAAUCAAGGCCGAGUACUGGGAUCCCAUGUGGAAAUUCUCCUACACGGGCGAUGAUGUCGAUGUCCAAGAAGUCAUGGAUGGUCUCGAUAUUGAUCGGGAUGGUGAAGAUCCUGCCAAUUUGUCCGCGGAACAGUUGGCCGAGGCAGCUCGGGCCCAGACUCAUUGCCCCAACACGGACUUUUGCAAUGAUCAUGAUAGUGAUGUGGAAGAUUGA